UGAGUCAGCUGAAAGUGUAGCGCAGCUCCUCACCAAGAUGUGUUUGAGGUCAGAGGUCGGCGGUGAGGAUGAUCGGAUCCAGGUUGAGAUCCCGCCCACACGCUCUGAUGUCAUCCACGCCUGUGAUAUCAUGGAGGACGCUGCCAUUUCCUAUGGCUUUAACAACAUUGUCAGGACCACGCCCCGUACUUACACAGUAGCCAAUCAGCUCCCUCUGAAUAAAUUGACAGAGUUAUUAAGACAAGACCUUGCAGCUGCUGGUUUUACUGAGGCUUUAACAUUCGCUUUGUGCUCAGAAGAAGAUAUUGCCAAUAAACUUGGGAAAAACAUUGCAGAAACGCGAGCAGUGCACAUCUCCAACCCAAAGACUGCAGAGUUUCAGGUGGCACGCACAACACUUCUGGCCGGUCUCUUGAAAACAGUCGCUGCCAACAGGAAGAUGCCCCUUCCUCUCAAACUGUUUGAGAUUUCAGAUGUCGUCCUUAAAGACGAAACGCGAGAUGUAGGAGCGCGUAAUAACCGGCGACUGUGUGCCGUGUACUACAACAAAAGCCCGGGUUUCGAAGUCAUCCACGGACUUCUUGAUCGGGUCAUGCAGCUGCUGGAUGUCAAACCGGGUUGUAACCAUGGAUACCACAUCCAGGCGGCAGAGGACUCCACCUUCUUCCCCGGGCGCUGUGCUGAGAUCUUUUCUCGCGGCAAAAGCAUCGGACACUUGGGGGUCCUUCACCCUGACGUCAUCAAUCGUUUUGAGCUGACCAUGCCCUGCUCUGCCAUCGAUAUCGACAUCGAGCCCUUCCUGUGAUAUCAUAACGCAGCUAUGACUGUAUGCCACGCCCCUCAACUGUAUGUUGUCUUGGCUCCUCCCUCAUAAACCGUUUUCACUCAUUAUUGGACACAUUUAUCUUAGCAGGGAGUAACGUUAAUGUCACAACGGCAUGGUUUAGUCAAACAUGUUGUUCAGAAAAUAAAAUCUUUUGUCUAUGGCUAGUACAUGUUAUUCAGCUAUUGAACAUUACGAGUGUAUGUUUGUGCCCGCACAACUUAGAAAUGAAUAAAUGUGGAUUUUAGAAAUCAAGAUUUUCUAAAUG